AUGCGACCAUUGCGCUGGUCAGACAUUGAGAAGGGCGUUUUCCACCCUGCCCGACUGGCAGACCCCCAGCCGGACGCAGAGGACUGGCAAGCAAGAUUGAUUGACGAGAUUAGGAAUGAAAAUCACAGGCGAGAAGAGCAGCUUAGCAUCCUCAGGAAGAUAUUGACGGAUGGCGGCGAGCGGGGGCAUAGAGCGCUCCAUUACGUGGCCGCGAAGAGCGAGGAGGAGGCAUUAGAGCUGCUGCUGCUGCUCCUUGAUCGUCCUGACAUCGACGUCGAUAUGCAGGAUAAUAUGGGCAUGACCGCACUCAACCAUGCAGCUCGGAAUCGGCAGACCUGGUGCAUCCGACAGCUGCUGUCCGCCGGGGCAGACUCAAAGGCCGCCGAUAUCUACGGGUACCUGCCUAGGCAUCACGCUGAGCAAUAUUUUGACAUGGAGAUAAUCAGUCUAUUCGAUAACCCAGAACAAAUCCCACAAGUUGGAGUUUUCCCCGACGACGGCCUUCAAGGGGGCUCUAAGGUGGCCAAGAUCCCUUUUCAUGAACCCCUGCCAGAAGACGAAAUGGAACGCGGCCUCUCGGAAUAUUUUCACGGAAGUUUCUGGGAACCGUCUGGUCCCCGAAAGCGGGAGAGACAGAGCGUGUGGAAUCUGGUCUACAGCCGAAAGCAAGUCGACACUGAAAGGCGUCAGAAAAACAAAAAGUGGUUCCAUCUUCCGGCAAGCACCACUAUUGCAGCGAAAAUGGGCUCAGACACCGUCUUGACGUUGUAUCCAGAACGGUGGAACAGGCAUAACGAAGCUAAGCUGCAUAUACAUCUCCUCGACCAGGUGUCCAAGAACGAUGACAUCCAAGACCGCGAUCUCAACAUGCGUCACGCGGCAGAAACUCUUAUUCGGUCCUGCAUGAGCUUUGUCACGGUGAUUCAGAUAUCGUAUACCACCGCCUUCGCAAACUCUAUCGGAGACCUGUAUCUGAAGGCUAUCCACUGGUAUGAACAGUUAACGAAAAGCCUGGGAUCCCUGAGCGUUAGCCCGACCAAGUUCUACCAAUCUGUGGAAGAGGGGACCCGCCUGCUAAUCAAGAUAGACGACAUUAUCGGCGAAAUCGGCAUGAUACGUAAGGUCCAGAUGAGCCAGGCCGCCGCCGCCAUGACGCUGUCAGACGCCUUAUGGGGUGAUUUGAGCGAGUUCCGAUAUUCAUUCCGUGAUCGAGUACCAGAGGAGGCGAGCGUACACGGUGCUAUUACUGAGGCCAGAGCGAACAGGGAACAGCAGUAUACGCGAUCGCUCAUAAACGCCGUGCUGGAGUCAUUCUCUCAGUUGGAGGCUGAUGCAAACAGGGUGCGAUCUAUGCUGAAAACCCUCCUUGACCUGCGAGACCGCGAAGCCGCCUUGGAGAAUGCCAUGUCGGGAAAGACGCAGAGCACCAUGCUUUUCAUUUUCACCAUUAUCACCGUUCUGUUUGCUCCUCUCUCCUUUGUCUCGAGCUUACUCGCCCUCAAGAUCGAGGAUCUGCCAGAAACCUGGACCAAGCCGCCCCUUGCCGGUGUUUUUGGCUACGCCACGCUUGCAACCAUGGGUCUCUCAUUCAUGAUUUGGAUCCUUCACAAGAUUCUCACAUUUGCGACAGCCAAGCAGCGCAACAGGCCUCCUCUCCGGCCGGACGAAGAGACCGUGAACGAGACCACCAUGGACACUGGCCGCAAGACACUGUCUCCAUGGCCGAGAACAAAGCUCGUAACCGGAUGGCUGAGAGUGCGGAAAACCUGGCCUCUGCGGCGGGACUUAGAGAAGGAAUUGGUUACGGAAGUGGUUUCUAUACAGCGAGCUUGAGCUCCUGAGGUUGCAGGUUGACGACAGGGACUUGUAUGAACUCUUACCAAUAAAGAGAGGGCGAAGUAAAGCAGAGAGCAAGCCUGCGCCUUUCAGUAAACAAAUGGAAUUGUUACAAACACCGC